AGCCUUCGUUCCUCACUAUAAACAAGAGAAUUAAAAUAGUUACCCUGUGAAUCCAAAUAUCAACAUGAAUCCUUCCAUCAUAAAUCAAAAUGAAAAUCAAAGCAAUGAAAAGAUACAAGAAGUCCAAGAAGAGGAAGUUGAACAGCUCAUCCAAAGCCUUGAAAAGGCAAAUUCUUCUAUAAGUCGUAAGAUGGAGCUGGUAAAAUACCAAGGCUUCUGGUCUCGUUGUAAUGGCCUUAAGAGUAUCCUCCAUUACCAAAGACACUUCCAAGCUCAUGAUUCUGAUAUUAUUGCUGCAAGCUUUCCGAAAAGCGGCACUACUUGGUUGAUUUCUUUACUCUUUUCUAUCGUCAACCGAGUUAACCUUGAACAUCAACCCUUAGAUAAGAAAAGCCCUUUGCUUGACCAUAAUCCACACUAGCUUGUUUAUCAUCUAGAACAUGGUGUUUAUGGUGAAAAUCCCAUCCUUCCAAAUCCCAACCAACUUGAUGAACUCCCUUCACCAAGACUUUUCUAUACCCAUAUUCCAUAUGCUUCCCUUCCUGAAUCCAUCAAAACUUGAUCAUGUAAGAUCUUGUAUAUUGCUCGAAAUCCUUUGGAUGUUAUUGUUUCUCUUUACCACUUUUACAUAAACAUCUUUAAGAAAACAAUUGGAGAUCAAGAUUUUAAACCCCCUAGUAUAGAGGAUUUCUUUGACGACUUUUGUGAAGGGAGAGUUGCAACUGGGCCUCAUUUCGAUCACGUAGCUGGAUCUUGGAAGCAGAGUCUCGAGCAGCCAAGUAAGGUGUUAUUUCUUAAGUACGAGGAUUUGAAGGAGAAUCCCACUUUCUAUACAAAGAAGGUGGCUGAGUUUGUGGGUUUUCCAUUCUCUCCUCGAGAGGAAAGUGAAGGUGUCAUUGAUAAUGUUUUAGAGUUGUGCAGCAUAAAAAAGCUUAAGGAAUUGGAAGUUAACAAAAACGGGGCUAUGAACAAGUAUGUUGACAAGAGCAACUACUUUAGGAAAGGAGAGGUGGGCGAUUGGACCAAUUAUUUCACCCCUCUUAUGGUGGACAGAAUGAAGAAUUUGAUGGAAGAAAAUUUUGGAGGCAUUGGUUUGUCCUUCAAACUGCUUCUCAAUUAGCAGUAAUUUAAAUAUCAGCUCAAAUCUAAUGCUCCAUAUAUAUCACCUAUGUUUUUAGUAAAUAAUUGUUACACUUUCCUUUUUGGAUUGUUUUUAUUUAAUUGUUACAGUCUCGUUUUAUCUAUAUAUGGUUACAUAUCACAUUGUAUUUA